AUGACCUACACAGAAGAAACCAUGAAGGCGGCGCAAUGGGAUCCUAAGCUGCAAAAGGUGGUGGUAAAUCGAGUACCUAUCCGAACCCCGGGCCCAAACCAGAUCCUGGUCAAACUGGCCUCGGCGUCUCUCUGUCACUCAGAUAUCCUGGCCAUCAACCAGCCCAACAUGGCCGAGCCUUUCACGCUUGGCCAUGAAGGUGCCGGCUACGUUGCUGAGCUGGGAACGAAAUGCACUGACAAGGGGUUUCGAGAAGGGGAUCCAGUCGGAUUCCUGCAUAUCAACGGCUGCUGCUUCGAAUGUGAAGGGUGCAUGGUGCACAACAAUAACUGUACACAAGGCACCCCCGUAGUCUCUGGGUUCGGGGGCAUCAGGGAUUUCGGGUUCUUCCAAGAGUACGCUGCCGUUGAUUGGCAGAACAUCAUCCACCUUCCGUACCAGCUGGAUUCGAAGCGCAGCUCUGCGAUUUUCUGUGCAGGGAUAACAGCCUUUCAUGCCGUAGACAGCUGCAACCUGACGGCUGGCCAGUGGUUCGCCGCGAUCGGGGCUGGAGGCCUGGGCCAGCUCGCAGUCCAAUACGCCAACGCGAUGGGCUACCGGGUCAUCGCGACCGAUAUCAACGACGGGGCUCUCGAGACAUGCAAGAGACAAGGUGCCGAUGUUAUCAUCAAUUCUCUCUCUCGACCAGACUACGCCAACGAGGUCAAGAAACUCACCCCCGGCGGCGUCCACCCGACGGCGGUCUUCAGCGGUGCUCCAGCUGCCUAUAGGGGCGCACCCCUGCUCGAGCUGUCGACGUUUGACCUCGCCAUUGGCACCUAUGUUGUCAAGUCGGAGAGCACAAGCAUCCCUCAGCGUAUGGCCAAGGCUGUGGAUUUCACAGCCAAGCAUGGCAUUACACCUGAGAUCAAGGUCCGGUCUGGGUUGGAAGAUGUCGACGAGAUGGUCUGUGAUAUGCAAGCGGGAAGGUCUAGUAAACGGAUGGCAGUCGUUUUCGAGUAG